GAGUGUGUGUGUGUAAGUUAGGAGGGGAAAAGGCAGAAGGGGGCCCACAGACUAUCAAAAGAUUCGCUGUUUUCUUUUUUCCCGCUUGUAAAGAAAGAGAUAGAUUAAUAAUAACGUUGUGCGUGCGCAUUAUAAAAAAAUAAACUAUCCAUUUACACCAAUCGAUGAAGAAGUGGUUUUAUUAAAAACAGAAUAAUUCGAUUUGAAAAAGAAAUGAAUCUUUUGAUAAUUAAAGUGGUUUUUUGGUUGAUGGGGUGUUGCUUGGUUGUAGGUCAACAAGUUACUUAUACGUUUAAAGAAUUUCCUUAUAAAGAACAUCCUAAAAAUGAAGCUUUGUUUCGCGAAUAUGAAUCAGCAUGCGAACAAGGAUGUAAUGGAAGUGGAGUUUCAAAGGUUUUGUGUGUUCGACAAUGUAUUUCACCCUCUUGUUAUCGAGAUUUAUAUAGUUAUGAUCCGUUAGAAGAGGGUGAGGUAGAUGUAAGACUAAACAGUUUCAAGGGAUGUUUUAUUCAACGUUACAAUAAAUUUCGACCUUAAACUAUUAAACACCGACUCAACAAUACUGUACAAAACACCUAUAGUUUAGCACAAAUGGUAGUAUACAAUAAAUUUUUAAGAAAAGUUUAGAGUUUUGAGGCCGAUUGUUGUUCCUCUUUUUUAUUUAUCAUAAUAAUACACACAUCUAUCGUUUUUAUUUUUUUAUAGGAUUUAUAUACAAUAUAGUGUAAAUAGGAAAUAUUAAUUUAUUGUUUAUGUUAUUGUUGCUUUUUAUUAGCUAAGUUUCAAUAAAUACAUUUAGUAUUUACAAUAUAGUUGUAAAUUCUUUUUGUUUAUUUAUGGUGAUUGUUAAUUUUAUUGUUGAUUGAGCUUGAAAUUAUUAAAGAAAUAAAAUAUGUGUAGUAUUUCAUUAAUUUAAUCAUUAUUGAUCUAUACGGACAAAGACGGUAGAAUCUAAAACGACUGCUACAUCCUUUCUUCUUUUAUAAUCCACAAAAUGACGUCAGUAUCGGACCGAUACGUCAUACUAGCGCCAUCUUUUGUUGACUAGCUGUUUCAAGUGACCAUAUUUAAAUGAAUACAAAUAUUUGAUAUUGUUGAUAUUGAGUAACAACAAUUCUAAUAUUAAUAUUUGUGAAAUGUUGUGCACACAAAACAGAUAAAUAAAAACCUGUCUGAAGAUGCUAAACUCGAAACCUUCUAGGUCUAGUGUUAGUUCUUGAUUUAGUUUAUUUAUUAAACUAACAUUAGAACUAGAAACAUUCGGGUUUAGCCGUCUUAAGAGACGCAAGGCUAAACCCGAAUAUUUAUUUUAGGUCUAGUGUUAGUUCUAGAUUUAAUUAUAAAUCAGCGUUAGAUUGUUGUAUAUUUUUAUUGAUCUAACGCUAGACCUACUACUAGAAAGUUUUUGGUUUAGCUGCGCAUCUUCAAAGUGUGAAAUAGUAGUUGCCUACCUAUACAUGACGUCACGAACGGGUCGUCGAGCUGUGCACCUGUUCCCAGAAUGAAGCAAUCCUCUUAGAUUCUACUAUCCUUAAUAUAACGAUUAAAAUUUAACCCUUGUAUGACCAAAACGGGGUCAAUUCUACAAACAAUAAUAUUUUACAUAGCAUUCGAAAUCGAAGAUUAAUCUUGUUGUGCUUUCAUAUACAUGUCGAUUCAUUGGAAAUGAUGAUAUUUUUGGCAUUCUUCUUAUUACUGGCAGGUUUCGUGAAUUGCGAGAAAAUCCAAGAUAUAUUUGGAAUCACAAUGAUGUAUUCAACCAUCAUAAUUACCGCGCGACAAUCAGCGAACUAGCAGAAAUAGAUUUAUAGACAUUUUACGUUUUAUAAGAUAACCUGGAUACCAGGCCUAAGAGAAAAAUAAGUUGAUAAGCUUGCACUUCUGCGAGAAGGUACUGGCAUUUUUUCAAAAAAUUGCAGAAAAACUUGUAAAUCAUCUGAGUAUAGAACAAUUGACGAUCAAUUAGUUUCCUUCACGAGACUAUAGUGUAACUAUACUUUAAAUUUUAAAGCAUAUUUUCUUGACUACUAUGUUAUGGUACUAAUUUCGAGGUUUAUUUAAGAAAAGUUGGGAACAAAUCUGAGAAAAACCAAGAAAAUCGUUAUUAAAAUUUUGGCAUGAUAGUGGACGAAAUAUUACUACAAACAAUUUCUUUAACGCACUAGAAAUAUGAAAUAAGUAAUUGCGAAAUAAACUACAAACCAAAUAUUGUCUUGGAAUGCAGCCAACAAAAAAAAGAGUGGAGUUGACGUUUUGGACGAACUCAUUCGAGAAUAUAGUUGCCGUACAACUACUAGAAGAUUAUUUGAACAUUGCAACAUACAAUGCAUUUGUAAUUUGAGAAAGAAAAAGUCAUAAUUGGGCUGGAAGUGUUUUUUCCAAAAUAUGAAGGAUGUUCUUACAGGAACUAGGUAUGUCACUUAUCCAACUAGCAAUAAAUCGAAGAAACUGAAUACCAAAAAGUGUAAAAA